CGUUUGAGUCUGCUUAUGUGAAUGCGAAUGACGGUGUUGUUGGUGCUGUUGAUCAUCGUGAUCAUGAGAAUAUUUUCGUUUCUGACGAGCCCAUUUUGCCUCCGCCCGAGAUGAUGGCUGAGGAAGGCUUGGCUCUCCGCGAGUGGCGCCGUCAAAAUGCCAUCCAUCUUGAGGAAAAGGAGAAAAAAGAGAAAGAAAUGCGGAAUCAAAUCAUUGAAGAAGCUGAAGAAUACAAACGAGCUUUCUAUGAGAAAAGAAAGCGCAACAUGGAAACUAACAAGACUCAUAACAGAGAAAGAGAGAAGCUCUACUUGGCGAACCAAGAAAAGUUCCACAAAGAAGCUGACCAACAUUACUGGAAAGCAAUAGCGGAGCUCAUCCCUCAUGAGGUUCCUAAUAUUGAGAAGAAAAGAGGGAGUAAGGAUCCUGACAAGAAACCUUCGGUCGUAGUCGUUCAGGGUCCAAAGCCUGGGAAACCAACUGACCUUACUAGGAUGAGGCAAAUGUUUAUGAAGCUAAAACAUAAACCACCACCUCAUAUGAUGCCUCCCCCGCCCAAACCUGCCAAAGAUGGCAAGGAUGGAAAGGAUUCAAAGGAUGAAAAAGACGCAAAGGACGGCAAAGAUGGAAAGGAUUCAAAGGAUGGAAAAGUUGCUAAGGAUGAGAAGGAUGCUAAGAACGAGAAAAGUGGUACACCAACUGAUCAAGCUGGGAGUGCGCCUGCUUCAUUACCCACUAAAGAUGUAGCUGCUGCAGGGAACACACCCAUAUCACCUGCUAAAGAAGUUUCCCCUGACACACUUAAUUUGGGGACUCCUGCAUCAGUUGAGGGUGAAGAGGCUGCUAGACCUGAGCCAGUAAUCGCUCUGUGAUGAGGCAUCAUAUUUUAUAGUCACUAAUUUCUUUACCGUAUUUCUGAAUUCUCUACCAAACCAAUCUGUAUGAAAAAUAAAAGCAGGUUAGGCUAUGAUGAGCUUUCUUCCUAACUUGCUUAAAGAUGUUGU